GCAUUGGUCAGUUGGUUAAAUUGCGUUUGUGUUAGGGUCUUUCAGUGUGCACGCUUAAAAAGUCCUUGAGAUUAUCCCAUCUACGGCAAUUUACCAAGGAAAGCCAUGGCUAUGGCUGCUUUCCUUGUAGCUUUGGUCCAAACAGCUUUAUUGCCAUCAGCUAUUGGAGGUGCAUAUUAUGGACAUCAUCCUCAGCAACACCAACCUAUACCACAGAUGCAUCAUCUGGGCAUGGGAAAGGAUAUACCACACAAGUCAUAUCCGCACUACAGAAAAGACAUACCUAUGCACUUAAACAAAGGCAAGGAUAACAAAGGUGAGACCAUUCCCAGAGGUGAUCAGAGUGCUAAAGGAGAGGCUGGACCUCAAGGUCCACCUGGCCCACCUGGUCCCCAAGGACCUCCUGGGCUUCAAGGUAAAGGCAUAGCAGGCCCCCCUGGAAAGCUGGGACCUCCUGGUCCUCCAGGAAUUCCUGGACUUGGUAAGCCAGGAAUGCCAGGUAUGCCAGGAAAGCCAGGGGGUAUUGGGCAGCCUGGACAGCAAGGUGAACAAGGUCCCAGAGGUGAAGAUGGACAACCAGGCAUGACUGGGCCACCUGGCCCUCCUGGACCACCAGGCCUACCAGGAAUAGGAAAGCCUGGUGGACAAGGAUUAUCAGGACAGCCAGGGGCUAAAGGAGAGCCAGGACAUAAAGGCUUACCAGGUCUCCCAGGGUUACCUGGACCCAAAGGAGACAGAGGAAUUGGACUACCAGGCCCGCAAGGGCCCAGAGGGCCAGCUGGGCCACCAGGGCUUCCAGGCCAGGCAGGAUUACCAGGACUGGGUAGGCCUGGUCUGCCCGGUGUGUCAGGUCCACCAGGUUUGCCAGGAAAACAAGGACAGCCUGGGGAGCCAGGUCCACAAGGUCAACCUGGUGAACAGGGUACCCAAGGACUACAAGGGAUUCCUGGUGUUGGAAGGCCAGGAGAAAUUGGAAAACCAGGUCAGCCUGGUCUACCUGGACACAAAGGAUUAACAGGACCACCGGGGUUACCUGGGAAACCUGGUGUACCUGGAUUUGGCAAACCUGGAUACCCUGGCCCCAAGGGUGACAAAGGGAUGGGAGGACCACCUGGUGCACCAGGACCAAAAGGAGACAAAGGUUAUGAUGGUCAACCAGGCAUGAUCGGUCCACCAGGUGAAACUGGUCCCCCUGGUGCACCAGGCCCCAUGGGGCCCUCAGGUGGAAUUGGUGCCCCAGGACAAAAAGGAGAGGGAGGUGCAGUAGGGGCCAAGGGAGAUCAGGGACUUAUUGGACCACAAGGACCUCCAGGAUUUGCUGGUCAACCAGGUCUGCAAGGUGAGGAUGGAGAGCCUGGUCCAAGAGGGCUACCAGGACCUAUUGGCCCCAAAGGAGAGGGGGGAAACAAUGGUGAACCUGGUGCCCCAGGUCCACCUGGCCUACCUGGUCUGAGGGGAGAACAUGGUCAGCCUGGUCCAGAAGGACCACAAGGGCCCAAAGGCAUUCCAGGACUUACAGGACCUGGAGGACCAAUUGGACCUCCAGGACCUCCUGGGUCAAAGGGAGAGGUUGGUCCACCAGGUCAAGCUGGUCCACCUGGUGAAGGCAACACUGGUGCUCCUGGUCCUUCUGGUCCUAUAGGUCUACCAGGCCCAAUUGGCCCCCCAGGUCAGCCAGGAACUGCAGGUCCCCCAGGGCCUCCUGGACCUCCAGGUCCACCUGUUUCCCCUGACCUGAUGGGUGUUCUUCCUGAGAUGGGCCCAGCCAUUGAUGGUAUAAAAGCUGGUGGGUACAAGAAAGGAAAGUAUGCAGGUGGACCUGACAUGAUGGGAGCUAAUGGUUUGGAGAUGCCUGCUUUCACUGCCCAGCUGACCACACCAUUCCCUCCAGUUGGAACACCUAUAGUGCUUGACAAAUUAUUGUAUAACGGACGACAAAAUUACAAUCCUCAGACAGGCGUGUUUACCUGUGAUCUCCCAGGCAUCUACUACUUUGCCUAUCAUGUGCACUGCAAGGGUGCUAAUGUCUGGGUGGGUCUCUACAGAAAUGGGGAGCCACUCAUGUAUACAUAUGAUGAAUACACAAAGGGAUUCCUUGAUCAAGCAUCAGGGAGUGCUGUGAUUCCAUUACAACCAGGAGACACAGUUUACUUACAGUUACCAUCUGACCAAGCAGCUGGAUUUUAUGCAGGACAGUAUGUCCACUCAUCCUUCUCUGGCUUUUUACUAUACCCUAUGUAGAAAGCCUAAGUGAAAAUAAGUCAAAAGAGAAAAAGAGAAGCAAAGACUGGGAUUAAAAUAUUUGACUUUUCUAAAAAUGUCAGUAUUUCUAAAUACAUUAUUACAGGAAAUAAAAGAAGACAUAGAAUCACGUCCUUUCAAUGCAACACAACCAUAUCCAUGUACAGGCUAUUUAUAUGCAAUGCAAAUUAAUGUGUCUAUGCUAAUAUGACUACCUGCACAAAGACUUUUACAAGCCAUAACAAAAACAUCACAUUUAAGCAGAGAUUUUUUAUUGAUUGUAUUUGAAAUGUAUUUAUGUUUUUGUUUCAUUGAUGGCAUACUACGUGACUAAAAUGCAUCAGACUGUUUAAACACUUUUUUUGCAUUGUGACAUCUGCAUAACUAAUAUCUUUGUCUAGAAUUAAAUGAAAAAGAUCAUUUUUAAACAUUUCACAAUAAGGUUUUUUGUACUUUUUCAAUGAUAGAUUAUUUAAAAUGCUAAUGGUGUUACAUGUAAUGUUGUAGCACACACGUCUUUUGAACAGCAGGUUUUAAGUGUUUGUAUGUGUGAGCAUCUGUGCUCAGUCUGUAAUAAUCUGUGAAUGUUUUAAAAUAGAUUUUUUUAUUUAUUUUUUUCAAAAUGAUGAUUACAGUGAACUGUAAACACUCAUUUGAAUAAAAUGUCUUGUGUUACAAUAAUUUUAUUCAUUUAAAAUUAUUUUAAAAGGCUAAAAAUUAAAAGCAUGACAAUAUUUAAGUUAGGUCUUACAUAAAAUAAUAAUUUAAGUUUCAGAGUAAAAACCACUUUCACUUAUUUCAUCUUCACCCUAUUCUGAAAAUUAAUUUUCCAUUCAAUUUAAUUUUUUAACUACUGAUUGUGUGUAACAUUGGUUUUCUAUUUCAACAAUAGCUGAUGUAACAUAAAUGAUAACAUGUUUUCAUUUCACGGCAAUUUAUUAUAUUAUUAUUUGUUGACUGUUUUUCUGAUUUUUUUUAAAUAAAGGUGGCUUACAUCUAUAGUUAUAUGUCAAAUCAUUGUGCUUUAAUAAUGUAACAAGUACAUUACCUAACAUUACACAUUCCUUCCCAACAUGAUGUGGAGAAUUACUCUUUGACAAUUAUGCCAA